AUGUCAUUGUCCACCAAUACGGCCGACACGUAUGGCCCGAGCGUCAAUGAGCUACUUGAACGCAACAAGCAGUACGCUGCUGGCCACAAACCUAUUCCGUCUCUGAUGGCUCGCACGGGAAAUGAUCCUAAAGUGAAUGGCCCCCAUGUACUGAUUGUAUCAUGUCUCGACUCUCGCGCCAAUCCGGUGACCUUCUUGAACGCCGGAAUCCGAGAAUGCCUUGUACUGCGCAAUGUGGGAGGCCGCUUCGCCUCGGCCUCAGGUGACAUCGCCGCGCUCGACACUCUCUUCCACGUUUCUCAGAUCAUCCUCGUUCAUCAUACCAACUGCGGUGCAUCGCACGUCACCAUAGAGCAGGUUCGUGACGGGGUCCACCAGAAGAGACCUGACUUUACGGGAUUUGCAGAGCUUGAAGGGAGACUGCCGAUGAAGGAAGAUAACCCCAAGUCGUUGCUGGAAGACUUGGAAAGAGUCAAGAAGUGCGGCUUCCUGAGGAAAGAUCUCAUUGAUGGCGUUGUCGGGCUGUGGCUCGAUGUUGAAACUGGGCUGGUGAAGAGGGUAUAUCCCGAGGACAACUAA